GAUAUCUCAGGUCAUCUGCAGCUGCAGAGUCUGAGGAGCCGAGGAAGGCAGGGAAGAUGGCGAUCCUCCAUUGCUGAGACCCGGCAGAAGCACAUGAGUCUCCCAAACAACUUCCACAACAAUAACCCGAGCAGGAAGAGGAGAAAGAGAAAGAGGAUCAGGAGGCGGUGGGGCCGGAGAACCCGAAACACCUCCCGGCGCCGGGACGCUUCUUCUGUCCCUGAUGUGAGAGGGUAGACCCCGAUCAUGGAGGUGCUUCAGUGUGAUGGCUGUGACUUCAGAGCCCCAUCCUAUGAAGAUCUCAAGGCGCACAUUCAGGAUGUCCACACGGCAUUUCUGCAGCCCACUGAUGUUGCCGAAGACAAUGCGAAUGAGCCACGAUCCGGGUCCAUGAAUGCCAGUAAUCAGACCGAGGUGGAGUUUUCGUCUAUAAAGGAUGAAUUUGGGAUCGCAGAGGAUUUAUCAGGUCAAAACGCAACGGCAUUGGGGACCGGAGGUUACUAUGGCCACAGUCCAGGAUACUACGGCCAGCAUGUUGCCCCUAGUCCCAAACCAACAAGCAAGUUUUUUCAAUGCAAGUUCUGCAUACGCUACUUCAGGUCAAAAAACCUCCUCAUUGAACACACGAGGAAGGUCCACGGGGCUCAAGCUGAAGGGAGUUCGGCGGGACCCCCUCUUCCGGGAUCCUUAAAUUAUAAUAUCAUGAUGCACGAGGGGUUUGGAAAGGUCUUCUCUUGCCAGUUUUGCACAUACAAGUCACCACGGAGGGCAAGAAUAAUGAAGCACCAGAAAAUGUAUCACAAAAACAGUCUGAAGGAGAUCGCUGCUCUCCCUCCUGCCCCCGUCCCCAUGCCAGACCCCGGGAUCCCGCCUGUGUCCUCCCUGCAGGACCCCUGCAAGGAGCUGCCCGCAGAGGUCGUGGAGCGCAGCAUCUUGGAGUCCAUGGUCAAGCCUUUGACCAAGUCUCGAGGCAACUUCUGCUGCGAGUGGUGCAGCUACCAGACGCCGCGCCGAGAGCGGUGGUGUGACCACAUGAUGAAGAAACACCGCAGCAUGGUCAAGGUCCUCUCCAAUCUCCGACAGCAGGACGGGACGAGUCUCCCCGACCUGCCGAAGAACGACCCCAGCCCCACCUCCAACUCCACCUAUCUGUCCAUGAAUGCUGCCGGCCGGGAGCUGCCCAACGCCAACGUCUCCAGCUUCAGGGGCUCCCUCAGCAACUCCAUCAUGAGACCCAAUUCUUCUUCAGCGUCCAAGUUUUCGCCCCUGUCUUACCCUCCGAUGAAGCCGAAGUCACCUCACAAUUCUGGCCUUGUUAACCUGGCAGACAGAUCCCGUUACGGAAUGGCUGACAUGACGAAUUCUCCUGCCGACCUGGAAACGAACAGCAUGCUGAAUGACUCUAGUUCCGAGGAAGAGCUCAAUGAGCUGGACAGCGAGAACGGCUUAACCGCUAUGGAUCACCAGACGUCGGGCAUGUCUGCAGAGCAGCUGAUGGGCUCCGACGGCCACAAAUUACUGGAGACCAAGGGGAUCCCCUUCAGGAGGUUUAUGAACAGGUUCCAGUGCCCCUUUUGUCCUUUCCUCACCAUGCAUCGGCGCAGCAUCUCCCGACACAUAGAAAACAUUCACUUGUCCGGAAAGACGGCCGUGUACAAAUGUGACGAGUGUCCGUUUACUUGCAAGAGCUCGUUAAAACUGGGGGCUCACAAACAGUGUCACACGGGUACGACGUCAGAUUGGGAUGCCAUGAAUUCCCAGAGCGAAAGCAUUGCUUCCUCAAUGAAUGAAGGGGUCGUGUCUUACGAGAGCCCAAGCAUCAAUGGCAGGAAGUCGGGAGUCAUGUUGGAUUCCUUGCAGCAACAGCCACCGCCCCCGCCGCCGCCGCCGCCUCCGUCGCAGCCUCAGCCACCGCAGCUGCCGCCGCCACAUCAGCUGCCGCCCCAGCCCCAGCCCCCGCCGACGCAGCCGCCACAGCCCCCCGUGCAAGCCGCCCCCCUGCACCCUUACAAAUGCACCAUGUGUAAUUACUCCACCACGACUCUGAAAGGGCUGAGAGUCCAUCAGCAGCACAAACACUCGUUCUGCGACAACUUGCCAAAAUUCGAGGGGCCGCCCUCCAGCCUCCCGUUGGAAAGCGAGACGGACAGCCACCCCUCUUCCAGCAACACUGUGAAGAAAAGCCAGACCUCAAUUCUUGGGUUGUCCUCCAAGAACAACUUCGUAGCCAAGGCCUCUCGGAAGCUCGCCAGUGACUUCCCUCUCGACCUGUCGCCCGUGAAGAAGAGGACGAGGAUCGACGAGAUCGCGAGCAACCUGCAGAGCAAGAUCAACCAGAGCAAACAGCUGGAGGACGCCGUGAUCAACGUGGAGGAUGAUGAGGAGGAAGAGGAAGACAACGAAGUGGAGAUCGAGGUUGAGCUGGACCGGGAAGAAGAGCCAACGGAGCCGGUCCUGGAGGUGCCCCCUCCCUUCGCCACGCAGCAGAUUUGGGUGCGAGAGGCCAGCGAGCCCCAGAAGGAGCCCAGCUUCAGAAACGUCGGCCACGACUACAACGCCACCAACGGGGCCGAGAUUGAGCUCACGCUCUCGGAAGACGAAGAGGAUUAUUACGGCUCCGCGACCAACUUGAAGGAUCACCAGAUCCCCGGCACCGCUCUGCUGAACGCCCAGGUUCCCCUGUACGGGGCCGAGCACAAUAACGAGGGAACCGACUUCGGCGACUCUGGGAGGCUCUACUAUUGCAAACACUGUGACUUCAACAACAAAUCUGCCCGCAGCGUCAGCACCCACUACCAGCGGAUGCACCCGUACAUUAAGUUCAGCUUCCGGUACAUCUUGGACCCCAACGACCACAGCGCCGUGUACCGGUGCCUGGAGUGCUACAUCGACUACACCAACUUCGAAGACCUCCAGCAGCACUACGGGGAGCACCACCCCGAGGCCAUGAACGUCCUCAACUUCGACCACUCGGACCUGAUCUACCGCUGCCGCUUCUGCUCCUACACCAGCCCCAACGUCAGGAGCCUGAUGCCGCACUACCAGAGGAUGCACCCCACGGUGAAGAUCAACAACGCCAUGAUCUUCUCCAGCUACGUCGUGGAGCAGCAGGAGGGGCUGGGCGCCGAGUCCCAGACGCUGAGGGAGAUCCUGAACGCGGCGCCCAAGAACCUGGCGGCGCCCGCGCCCGUGGCUCGUGGCGGCGGCGGCCUGGCGGCGAGCAAGGGCACUGCCCCCCCCAAGGCCUUCCCUCCGGAAUGUGAAAGCCAGAAGGACCCCGCCGUGAACGCCGUGGUCGUGUACGACUGCGACGUGUGCUCGUUCGCCAGCCCCAACAUGCACUCUGUCUUGGUGCACUACCAGAAGAAGCACCCCGAGGAAAAGGCGUCCUACUUUAGGAUCCAGAAAACCAUGCGAAUGGUGUCUGUGGACAGGGGCGCCGCCCUGUCUCAGUUAUCCUUUGAGGUGGGUGCUCCCAUGUCUCCCAAAAUGUCCACCGUGGGUUCCCCACCCCCCCCGCCACCCCCGCCACCAGACCUCGGUACUGAGCUUUACUACUGCAAACACUGCUCCUACAGCAAUCGGUCAGUUGUGGGAGUGCUUGUCCACUACCAGAAAAGACACCCAGAGAUAAAGGUCACUGCCAAAUAUAUCAGACAGGCUCCUCCCACAGCUGCCGUGAUGAGAGGGGCCGAGGGGCCCCAAGGCUCCCCCCGGCCGCCCGCCCCCAUGCAGCCGCUGAGCCGAAGCAGCUCCGAGAGAGAUGGCCCCCCCGUGGAGACCGAGAUGUUUUUUUGCCAGCACUGCGAUUACGGGAACCGGACGGUCAAAGGGGUGCUCAUCCACUACCAGAAGAAGCACCGAGACUUCAAGGCCAACGCCGACGUGAUCCGGCAGCACACGGCCACCAUCCGAAGCCUCUGCGACCGGAACCAGAAGAAGUCGGCCAGCUGCCUGCUGGUCGCCCCGGCGUCCGGCGUGGAGCGGGACAAAGCGAAACUGCGCGCCCUCAAGUGUAGGCAGUGCUCGUACACCUCCCCCUACUUCUAUGCGCUGAGGAAGCACACCAAGAAAGACCACCCCGCCCUGAAGGCCACGGUCACGUCCAUCCUGCGGUGGGCGUUCCUGGACGGCUCCAUCGAAGCCGGCUACCACUGCGAGUGGUGCAUCUACUCGCACACGGAGCCCAACGGGCUGCUCCUGCACUACCAGAGGAGGCACCCCGAGCACUACGUGGACUACACCUACAUGGCUACCAAGCUCUGGGCCGGGCCAGACCCCUCCCCUCCCUCCCUCCUGAUGCCAGCCGAAGCCAAAACCUACCGCUGCCGGGACUGUGUCUUCGAAGCCAUCUCCAUCUGGGACAUCACCAAUCACUACCAAGCGUUCCACCCCUGGGCCAUGAACGGCGACGAGUCGGUGCUGCUGGACAUCAUCAAGGAGAAGGACGCCGUGGAGAACCCCAUCGCUUCGUCCGAAGAGUUGGUGGGCCCCGUGAAUUGUGAGAGCGGUUUGCCCGCCCCCCUCCCCGAGCAGGACGCCGAGUGCCCCGAGGACGCCCGGCUCUCCCCGGAGAAAAGCCUCCAGCUCUCCUCGGCCAACCCCGCCAUCAGCUCCACGCCGUACCAGUGCACCGUGUGCCAGUCCGAGUACAACAACCUGCACGGCCUGCUGACCCAUUACGGGAAGAAGCACCCCGGCAUGAAGGUGAAGGCCGCCGACUUCGCCCAGGACGUCGACAUCAACCCGGGCGCCGUCUACAAGUGCCGGCACUGCCCCUACAUCAACACCCGCAUCCACGGCGUCCUGACCCACUACCAGAAGCGACACCCGGCCAUCAAGGUGACCGCCGAGGACUUCGUGCACGACGUGGAGCAGCCCGCCGACCUGGCCCAGAACGACGUGGAGGAGACGAGCCGGAUCUUCAAGCAAGGGUUCGGCGCCUACCGCUGCAAACUCUGUCCCUACACGCACGGCACUUUGGAGAAGCUCAAAAUCCACUACGAGAAGUACCACAACCAGCCGGAAUUCGACGUCUUUUCCCCGUCGCCCCCCAAGCUGCCGGUGUCCCUCGAGCCCGAGAUAACCACCGAGGUGAGCCCCUCCCAAGUCUCCGUCACCGAGGAGGAGGCGGGGGAGGAGCCCGUGCCCGCUGCUCACUUCUCUACCUCGCACCUGGCCUCCCACACGGUGUUCCGGUGCCAGCUCUGCAAGUACUUCUGCUCCACGAGGAAGGGCAUCGCCCGGCACUACCGCAUCAAGCACAACAACGUCCGCGCCCAGCCCGAGGGCAAGAACAACCUCUUCAAGUGCGCCCUGUGCUCCUACACCAACCCCAUCCGCAAAGGGCUGGCGGCCCACUACCAGAAGCGCCACGACAUCGAUGCCUAUUACACCCACUGCCUGGCCGCCUCCAGGACCAUCAGCGACAAGCCCAGCAAGGUCAUCAUCCCGUCCCCGCCCAAGGACGACUCCCCGCAGCUCAGCGAGGAGCUGCGGCGGGCGGUGGAGAAGAAGAAGUGCUCCCUGUGCUCCUUCCAGUCCUUCAGCAAGAAGGGCAUCGUGUCCCACUACAUGAAGCGCCACCCGGGGGUGUUCCCCAAGAAGCAGCACGCCAGCAAGCUGGGGGGCUACUUCACGGCCGUCUACGCCGACGAGCCCGAGAAGCCGGUGCCGCUGGAAGAGGAGGAGAGGGGGGGCGGCUUCGAGAAAGCCGAGGUGGUGGAGGGAGGCGAGGCGCCGGAGAUGGAGUGGCUGCCGUUCCGCUGCAUCAAAUGCUUCAAGCUCUCCUUCAGCACGGCCGAGCUGCUGUGCAUGCAUUACACCGACCACCACAGCCGGGACCUCAAGCGGGACUUCGUCAUCCUGGGCGGCGGCGGCGGCGGCGGCCCCCGCCCGCAGGGCCCCGCCUACCAGUGCAAGCACUGCGACAGCAAACUGCAGAGCACCGCCGAGCUGACCUCGCACUUGAACGUUCACAAUGAGGAAUUCCAGAAGCGUGCCAAACGUCAGGAGAGGAGGAAACAGCUUUUGAGCAAGCAGAAAUAUGCAGAUGGUGCUUUUGCAGAUUUCAAACAAGAGAGGCCUUUUGGUCACUUAGAAGAGGUGCCAAAGAUCAAGGAGCGGAAGGUGGUGGGCUACAAGUGUAAAUUCUGUGUGGAGGUGCACCCGACGCUCCGAGCCAUCUGCAACCACCUGCGGAAGCACGUCCAGUACGGCAGCGUCCCCGCCGUGUCCGCCGUGAAGGGGCUGCGUUCUCAUGAGAGGAGCCACCUGGCCCUGGCCAUGUUCACCCGCGAGGACAAGUACAGCUGCCAGUAUUGCUCCUUUGUUUCCGCUUUCAGGCACAAUUUGGAUCGCCAUAUGCAAACCCACCACGGACACCAUAAACCAUUCCGAUGCAAACUCUGCUCCUUCAAGUCCUCCUACAACAGCCGGCUAAAAACACACCUACUCAAAGCUCAUGCUGGUGAACAUGCCUACAAAUGUUCUUGGUGCUCAUUCUCCACCAUGACAAUCAGCCAGUUAAAGGAACACUCCCUCAAGGUCCACGGGAAAGCCCUGACGCUGCCCAGGCCUCGGAUUGUCAGCCUGCUCUCCUCACACAACCACCACUCCGCCCAGAAAGCCACCCCGGCUGAAGAAGUGGAAGACUCCAAUGACUCGUCCUACUCGGAGCCUCCAGAUGUGCAGCAGCAGCUGAACCACUACCAGUCGGCCGCGCUGGCGAGGAACAACAGCCGCGUCAGCCCCGUGCCUCUCUCCGGCGCCGCCGGGGAGCAGAAGGCCGAGGCGGUGCUCCACUGCGAAUUCUGUGAAUUCUCCUCUGGCUACAUCCAGAGCAUCCGGCGCCACUACAGGGACAAGCAUGGCGGGAAGAAGCUCUUCAAGUGCAAGGACUGCUCUUUUUACACGGGCUUUAAAUCUGCCUUUACUAUGCACGUGGAAGCCGGGCACUCGGCCGUGCCCGAGGAGGGCCCCAAGGACCUUCGCUGCCCCCUCUGCCUCUAUCACACCAAAUACAAGCGCAACAUGAUCGACCACAUCGUGCUGCACCGAGAAGAGCGCGUGGUCCCCAUUGAAGUGUGCCGGUCCAAGCUGUCCAAGUACUUGCAGGGCGUGGUCUUCCGCUGCGAUAAGUGUACCUUCACCUGCUCCAGUGACGAGAGCCUCCAGCAACACAUAGAAAAGCACAAUGAACUGAAACCGUACAAAUGCCAGCUCUGCUACUACGAGGCCAAGCACACGGAGGAACUGGACAGCCACCUUCGGGACGAGCAUAAGGUGAGCCGGAACUUCGAGCUGGUCGGACGGGUCAACCUGGACCAGCUGGAGCAGAUGAAGGGCAAGCUGGAGAGCUCCAGCAGCGAGGACGAGGACAAGGAGGAGGACGUGGGCAAGGCCGAGGACAGAGAUCUGAUGAGGUUUGCUGACCGUGGGGCUGCCGUGAACGCUCAGAAGCGCUUUCCGUGCGAGUUCUGCGGGCGGGCGUUUUCCCAGGGCUCCGAGUGGGAGCGGCACGUGCUGAGACACGGCAUGGCGUUGAAUGACACCCAGCAGGUGAGCAGAGAAGAGAUCCAGCUGCAGGAGAGCGUGCAGGACAGUGUUAAGAUGCCCUGCAUAGAGGAGAAGGAAGAUGACGAGGCGCUCGGGAUAGACUUUUCCCUCAAGAGUGAGACAGUAGCCAUCUGCGUAGUCGCUGCCGACAGAUCUCUCCUGGAGAACGCAGAGGCCGAGAAGGAAUAAGCGUGGGGUGGAAUUCUGGAUCACAACCUUACUUGAACUGUGAUGCGAAGUGGGAGGGCCAGCUCGGGCUGAGACGUGGGGGACAGAAAAGAGAAGACAGAACAAAGCUGCUUUUUCGGACUGAACAAUCUAUUUUCAAAGCACUGGUACCUGUGUGAGUGAGUAUGUAAAUUAAAGUUAUUUAAAUGGUUGGAA